AUGAUGACUUGCAUUGGCGAUAUCUGGAGACAUUACUGGUUCUCCUGCCUUCCAGACUCCGCUAUUUUCUUUUAUACCUUUUGCAUUUGUGGGAUUGCCAGACUCAGAAAAGCUGCCACAGUCCCUUCUGGCCUUUUUUGUCUACACUCUCGUGAAGUGUGCCACCAUGGCUUUUUCUUUCCAGUUGUCGGCUUUAUCAGUCCCAAUUACGCUGACGGCUAUUCCCGGUUUAAUUUUACUUUUUUCCCUUGUCAGCUUAUCAGUGCUGAACUGACGGAGACGAAGAGGAAUCUCCGCCUACUGGCCAAAUCCAAUGCCCAUAUUCCGCUCCGCCCUGCUCCCGAAGGCUGGGCAUACGAUUGA